AUACCCACUAUACGCUAUUGUUCUAUUAAGAAAGGACAUGUUCGGACUAAGUGUUGUUCGAGUAUUGGCCGGCAACACACGGACAAACCCCAAACAAUUUCAAUCGCACCAUCCUGUGAGACUGAAACAACGGUCAUUCAUGAACUUGGACAUGCUUUGGGAUUUUGGCACGAGCAUAGUCGACCAGACCAAAACAUAGAACCCAAAUACCUCCACAACUUUGACAUGAAGGAUGAAGUAGAUUCUCUUGACGAGCCUUAUGACUUCAACUCGAUUAUGAACUACCACGAUGGUGCUGCUGCUAAAUCUUACAACAGCGAAACGGUAAGGCCCAUCGAAUGCUGUCCGGAAAUCGGUGGGAAGUCAAUGCCGAGCAAGUCUGACGCUAGCCAGAUGAACAAACUCUACAAGUGUCCUUGUAAGUUGUAUUUUGCUUUAACAGCAAACUCUUCUAAUCUUACAUCUCACAUUUGUUUUUUUUCCCUUUUUUUGCAGCUUUAUUAUUCAGUGCCAGUGCCUUAUUAUAGCCACAUUUGCAUUGACCUUCAGAGCAUUCAUAUAAUCUCUCGUGGCGACAGUCAAUGCAUAGGUCUUACACAGAUUCGAACACAACAAAAUCUUUAUGUAAUAGCCCCAGCUUAA